UGGGCCGCGCGCGCGCUUUAUCAAACACGAUAAUGUUAAACAGCGCCAAAACAAUAAUAAAACAGUACAUAAAACCCCACUUGUUAUGCCCCAAGUCAUAUCACAUGUGGCAUUCGCCGUGAAUAUGUGUUGGUGAAAAAAAAAACAAAAUUUGAAUUUGGGAUAACAAAUUAAUUUAAAAGAUUUUCCUAAGACUGAAUUAAAAUUGAACCGAAUUUUAUUGCAAUUAAAAGUGAUAGUGUGACUAAAAGUGAGAUUUACACACGUUAUUAAUAAAUUGAAGACAAAAUAUUAUAAGUAACCAAAAAUGGGAAUGUUCAAGUGGUCUUUUGCCGUCCUAGUCCUAUGCAGCUUGGUGAGAACAGAAGAAACAACAGUAGGUCCUACGCCCGAAGUGUAUGAACCGUCAUGGACGUACAAGUGCGUACCUGAGGAGGGCUGCGAGAGGUCCUCUCAUCCCACGACCAGGUCUGCGGACAACUCCACCAUGACUUUCGACAGCAUUGACGUCUGUCGCACAGUAUGCGGGCGCUUCGGCGGCAUAUGGCCGAAACCUGUGAGUGCCGCCAUCAGCAUGCAGACGGUCAAGAUACAUCCUAAAUACCUGAGAUACGACCUCAGCAACGCGCCAACCGAAGCCCGGGAGCUGCUAGUCCAGAUGACCCAUGUGAUCACGGGCAACCUGCUGGACGAGUGCGAUGGCAACGUCACCGAAGUGGUCACCACGCCUGUGGUCGUCUACAUCACGGUCAGGACCACCAACCUCGAUCUGACGUGGGACACUGACGAGCAGUACUUGUUGGAUGUGCAGAGCAAAGAUAAAAGCAUAGCAGUCCACAUCGUAGCAGAAACUGUGUACGGAGCUCGUCAUGGCCUUGAAACCUUCACCCAACUGGUCGCCUCAGAGAAGCCAGAAUACACCGAUGAAUUCAGAUGUUCCCUCCGCCUGGUGUCUGGUGCCAAGAUCUCUGACAAACCAGCCUUCAAAUACCGAGGGUUCAUGCUGGAUACUUCUAGAAAUUUCAUCCCGUUGGCAGACAUAAAGAGGAUGAUGGAUGGAAUGGCUACAACUAAACUGAACGUGUUCCAUUGGCAUGCGACUGACUCUCACAGCUUCCCUCUAGAAUCCACUAGAGUCCCACAAUUCACCAGAUACGGCGCAUAUUCCCCAUACGACCUGUACACGACGGAGGACAUUCGCGAUCUGAUCAAGUAUGCGCAGAUCCGCGGUAUUCGUGUGGUCAUCGAGAUCGACUCGCCCGCUCAUGCUGGCAACGGCUGGCAGUGGGGCAAGGAUUACGGUCUAGGUGACCUAGCGGUGUGUGUGAACGCCAAGCCGUGGCGGAGCCUGUGCAUCCAGCCACCGUGUGGUCAGCUCAACCCGGCCAACCCACACAUGUACCGCGUGCUCAGAGACCUGUAUAGAGACAUCGCUGAGGCGCUGCCGCAGCCAGCGCUGUUCCAUAUGGGAGGAGAUGAGGUGUUCUUCAACUGCUGGAAUUCUACGGAAGAGAUCACGUCUUACAUGCAAGGAAAGGGCAUUGAGACAAAUCUGGAAGGAUUCAUAAGGCUUUGGGCUGAAUUCCAUGCGACAGCCCUCAAGAUUUGGGACGAAGAAAUGGCAGCAAUAGGACAGACAGAGAAACAGCCGGUUAUGCUGUGGUCAUCAGAACUAACACAGGCGCAUAGAAUACAGAAGUAUCUGAAUAAGGACAGAUACGUCAUAGAAGUAUGGGAGCCACUGAAUAGUCCUUUGCUGACGCAACUAAUAAGGAUGGGAUACAAGACGAUAUCAGUGCCAAAGGAUGUUUGGUAUCUGGACCAUGGAUUCUGGGGCAAAACCACUUACUCCAACUGGCGUCGAAUGUACUCCCACGUGCUGCACAGAGACCCCAAUGUCUUAGGAGGAGAAGUCGCUAUGUGGAGCGAAUACGUUGAUACUAAUUCGUUGGAUGCUCGAGUAUGGCCCCGCGCGGCUGCAGUGGCGGAACGUCUCUGGGCUGACCCUACAUCAUCAGUGAGCGCCGCCGAAGCUCGUAUGCAGAGACUGCGCGCACGCCUUAUCGCAAGAAAGCUGAGGCCAGAUGCGCUAGCUCCUAACUGGUGUGCCCAUCAUGAUUCUAGAUGCCUUUGAGGUUGUCUUGUUUUAUGACAAGUAGUAUUAUGAUCCUUAUGAUUAAAAAACCAUCAAUUUUAAUUUAGUAUUGGUUGAAGAUAUUUCGCGGAUCCCACACUUCGACGUGAUCCUGCCAUGCCUUACUGUUGUGCUUAUGAUGAUUCCAGAUGUCUUUGAGGUCUAAUUGAUUCAUAUCAAAUAGUGUUAACAUCUUUACUAUGAUUUAGGAAAUAUCAGAAUUUAUUUUCAAUGAUGGUAUUGACUGAAUGUACUCAGAUUCAAAAUCUUUCGCGCAGCCUAAGAUUGAUACUAUCAUUUUUGGCUUCUAACUCUGUUUUACACUUCUAUGAAGAUUCUCUUUUGAUAGUUAAUGAGCUUGGUAUUUUGGUCAAAUAUCUUUACCCAGAUUUAAAAUGAAAACACGAGUUGCUGAUCUUUAAAUAUGUUUUUCACCUUCGAUGAUUUAAGAGCAAUGUCUUCUUUCUUGUAAGCUACUUUAGGCAUCUUAGGCAUUGACCAAGUUAUGUCUCGUUUAUUUUAUUGACAUUGUUGU